CUCACAGAGGAGGCUGGAUACAUCCUCAGCAUCUGAGUCAAGAAGUAUGACGGACAACAGACAACAAAAAUCACCAUUCAAAGACGAUAUGAUAACCCAGAGCCCCCAGCAGCUAGAGGAUGUUCUGGACUUCAUCAAGAGCACUAUCAGUAGACUGAGGAGAUCAGCCGAGCAGGGCACAAACUUGGCACUGAUGGAGAAGCGGCCGAGGAGGAGGGCACAGGCAGGAGGGAGGAGAGGGCAGAGUGGGGGCACGUGGGCAUCAGGUCAGGGCGGCGGCGGCGGCAGGCGUCGAGGGAAGGGAGGCAGCGGCCAGGCUCAUGGCUGCAAGCUGAGGCAGAUCCAGCUGAACGUGUCCGACCUGGGGCUGGGCUACCAGACCAGAGAGGAGAUGAUCUUCAGGUACUGCAGCGGGCCCUGCACCAACUCCGAGACCAACUACGACAAGAUCCUCAACAACCUCACGCAAAACAGGAAGCUGCUGCGGGACAGCCCGCCACACGCCUGCUGCCGUCCAAUUGCAUUUGAUGAUGACCUGUCAUUUCUGGAUGAUAACUUGAUAUACCACACCAUGAAGAAGCACUCGGCCAGAAAGUGUGGCUGUGUCUGA